AUGGAAAGUGGAAUGGUCCUGGUGGUUCUCCUCCUCGGUCUUCUCCUUGCCGUUGCUAGAUCGAGCUCGUCGCCUGAGCCGGUGGCCUGCGCACAUGGCACGUCCAACUGCACCGUGACCAAUGCGUACGGCUCCUUCCCGGACCGCACCAUCUGCCGUGCGGCCAACGCCACCUUCCCAAGCACAGAGCAGGAGCUCGUCGCAGCUGUGGCAGCCGCUGCCGCGGCCAAGCGUAAGGUCAAGGCGGCCACCAAGCACUCCCACAGCUUCCCCAAGCUAGCCUGCCCUGGCGGCAGCGACGGCACGAUCAUCAGCACGGAGCGCCUCAACCGGACGGUGAGCGUCGACACCUCCAGCGGCUUGAUGACGGUGGAGAGCGGCAUGCUGCUCAAGGAUCUGAUCCAGGACGCUGCCGCGGCCGGGCUAGCGCUGCCUCACUCCCCCUACUGGACCGGCCUGACCAUCGGUGGACUCCUGGCGACGGGUGCCCACGGUAGCUCAUUGUGGGGCAAGGGAAGCGCCGUGCACGAGUACGUGGUAGGAAUGAGGAUCGUCACGCCGGCGCCGGCUAGCCAGGGUUUCGCCGUUGUGAGGGAGCUCGGCAUUGGCGACCCCGACCUCGACGCGGUCAAGGUGUCCCUCGGUGUUCUUGGCGUCGUAUCCCAGGUUACACUGAAGUUGCAGCCGAUGUUCAAGCGAUCGGUGACGCUCGAGAAGCGCGACGACACUGAUUUCGCGGUGCAGGCGGCAGUGUGGGGUGAUCUGCACGAGUUCGGCGACAUGACGUGGCUGCCGUGGCUGCGAAAGGUCAUCUACCGCUCGGACGACCGUGUCACUACCUCUACACCGGGCAACAGCCUCAACGACUACAUCGGCUUCCGUGCCAACCCAACACUCAUGCUCACCGCCGCUAGAGCAGUGCAUGACUUCCUAGAGAAGUAUGAUAGUAACAUCGCCCGGUGGCUGGCGGCGAGGGUCCCAUCCACGUUGUUUGAGUUGCAUGGGAACGGGUUCACCACCAACGGCUCCUUCAAAGGGUUUCCGGUGGUGGGGUUCCAGAACCGCAUCCAGGCGUCUGGCACGUGCAUUAGUAGCCCAGAUAACUACGCUUGUCCAUGGGACCCGCGCAUCCCGGGCCCCUUCUUCUACAGCUCCGGCUUCAGCAUCGCCGUCUCCAAGGCACCUGCGUACAUCGUUGAGGUGCAGAAGCUCCGCGACCACAACCCGCGCGCCUUUUGUGACCUGGACGCCAUGCUCGGCGUGCUGCUCCGCUACGUGAGGUCAUCCUCCGCGUACCUCGGCAACUCUGAGGACUCCAUCAUCUUCGACUUUACAUACUACCGGAGCUUCACGGAGGGUGAGCCGCGGGCGCAUGCGAACGUGAUGGACGAGCUCGAGCAGCUGGCAUUGAACAAGUACGGCGCCAUUCCGCACUGGGGCAAGAACCGCAACUAUGCCUUCGACGGCGUCAUCGCCAAGUACCCCAAGGCCCAAGAAUUUCUCAAAGUGAAGGCCAGGUACGAUCCAGACGGUAUCUUCUCCAGCGAGUGGAGCGACCAGGUGCUCGGCAUCAACGGGAGCCCCAACGUCGUUGGAAGGGGUUGCGCCAUCGAAGGGCUUUGUGUCUGCUCUGACGACUCGCACUGUGCGCCAAUGCCAGGGAAGGGAAAGGGGAAGGACUACUCCUGCGUGUCGGGGAAGGUGUUCGUGGAAGCGAGGGUUUGCUCGCGCAGACCAUGCGGGAGCAUGCAAGAGCUAUGA